ACCAUCGACGGAGUCCAGGGUACAUCUCAUCUGGUUUCAUCGCCAAUUAUGGCGAAUCCUGGAGCUGCCAUCGCGCAUCUGGUAAAACUAUGCAUCACUCUGAUUUGCAUGACGGAAUUUCAAAAUCCUUACGGUUUGUGUAGCGCAGGGGAACGCUGCUGGGCGAUUCGCGGAUUCCAGCUGAUGCUCCUUCAUUCGGUUUUUGGACUCGUUCGAUUCUGUAUUUCAGGUAACAGCAAGCACAUUCGCAAUUUGUACGAGUGGUUCUCUGCAACGGCGAGCCUGCUCUCCUUCGUUUUCUUCGUAAACGAGAUUUUAUACGAUUCCCACGUAGAUGAGAGAAUAAGACUAAGUCUAUUGACGUUGGGCUUUUUGCCAGUAAUUUACGAGCUCCUUGCAUUGGCACGUCUGUACGAGAAGACGCGUCUUGAGAGCUUCGUAGUCUGUCUGCAGCUAGCUGCCGUAAUUGUUGCCUGCCUACGAGUUGGCAAUUACGUGGCAUUUAGUCUGGCUGCGUCUUAUAUCUUCGACCAUUUCUUUGUGGAAGAAGUUUGUGAGUGGUACGAUGUUCCGAAUGUCGAUCUGGCGCAAUACAGCUCCUGCUUCGUCGGAGUAUUUGCUACCCUUGCUCUUAGGACUUCUCAUUAAAUUAAAAAUGUCUUCCAUUAUUUAGGAAGAAUAAUAAAAGUUUACUAGUUUUUCUUACACGGUUUUUAAUUUAUAUAUCAUAUUGCUCGUAACUUGGCGUUCUGGGAUUCACUAAAGCUCUAAUAUGUUUCUGAAGGUGGCUGCUCGAUUAAUCAAAGGAAUUAAAAACAAGUCAAAGAACUGUUGUAUGAUAUAAUUCCAUGUUAUCAGAGAAUCUUGAUGUUAGUAGACACGAUAUUGUUGUACACCUGUUUAUUAGUUGCAUCAGGUUCGUGUGUGUUUACCUAUAAUACAUUUAUAUAUCAAAUACUGUCGAAUUUUGCCUCAUUUCUUAUGUGCAUUGGUUGGGAUUUUAACAAUAAGUUUGCGUUCUUUGAGGUUUCUCCGUGCCGUUGGAUUAAAUCAGCUGAAAAAUAUCUAAUACUUUGGUAAAAAAAUCUGGUUACAUAUUCAGAAGGACAUUAGCUAAAAAUGAUAGAGACGAAAUAACAGUAAAAUAUUAUAAAUAUAUUAGCUGCGAGAAAAUUGAACAUGUCCGGUAUCAAUCGCCCUUUUCUGCGUUUUAUUAAAAAAUAAAGAUAUUGUAGCAGGAAUUAACAAAGAAAAUGGAAUUAUGGAACAGUGAGGAAAUACCGGUAUCAACAAUUGCGUUCCUACCAGUUUGUCAAGAAAAAAGAUAGGGCCCGGAAGAAAUGAACAAAGAUAAUUAAAUUAUGGAGAGCUAAACGUGCAUCAGUAUAGACUUCUUUCCUUUCGAAGAUAUGCAGUAGAAAUUAAAAAGAAAUUAGAAUUAUAACAAGGUAUCAUAUGUUUACUUAAUGCGUGAAAAAUGAGCAUGUGUCGGUAUCAGUUUCUACUCCCCACGAGUUGAUAAGAAACGAAGAUGAGGGUAGGAGAAAUUAAUAAAGAAAAUUAAAUCUAGAAAA